AUGACAUCAAAAUCUUCUAGUAAUGUUUCAACAUUAAAACGAAAAGUACAAGUUGUACAACAAUUACCACCAUCAUCAUCAUCUUCUACACCAGCAAAGCAGAUUAAAAAAGAGCCAAAUUCAGAAAAACUUAAGUCUCAACGUCAACAUGAUCUAUCAGAAGAUGAUAUAAUACGUUCACGACUUCUUUAUGAAGGUGAUCAAGGUAUUGAUGAUCGACGUAUAUUAACAUUAAUGAAAACAUUUAAUAAAUUUGUAUAUGAUUUAUCAUCAAAUUUCGAUGAACAUAAUUUAACAAUAGAAAAAUUACUUUCUUUACUCUAUUCAAUUGAACAUUCACAUCAUCUUUUAAAAUCAACAUAUAAAAUGGAUGAACUUGAACAAAUAUGUUAUGCUUCAAAAAGUCAACGUUUAAAUGAACAAAUUAAACAAUUACGUUAUGAACUUGAUCAAAGUGAUUUACGUUUAAUUGAAGCUAAACAAAAACGUUCAAAUUUACUUGAAUAUGAUGCACGUACAGCUACAAUUAAUAAAUUAGGUACACGUCGAGAAUUACGUGCACAACAAGCAGCUACAUUAGAACGAAAACAUUAUUUUGAACAUCUUCAACAAACAUUUGAAGCAACUUAUCAACAACGAUUGAAACAAAUAGCUGUUUAUAUGCGUCCUAUAUUUGAAUUAGAUGAAAUUUUACGACAAGAUGCUCAUGAAGAUAGUCCAAGUGAGGGACCAAAUGAAUCCCCUGUUGAACAGCAAUCAUCAUCAUUGAUUUCUACUUUACCAACUAUAAGAAGUGAACGACAACGAACGAAUUCUGAUUCUUCGGCAGCUUCAAUUGAGGCUGAUGAUACAAAUUCAACAACAACACGUUCAAAACGACAACAUAGAAAUCAUUUAGGAUUAACAUCAUUAUCAGCAUCAUUAGCAAAUAAUCAACCACAAGCAUUAUUUUCGAAUGAAACAGAAUUAUUUGGUACACAACUUAUUAAUCCAUUGUUAUUAUUAUCUUCUUCGAAUAUUUCUUAA